AUCUCCCCUCGAUCAAGAAAAGGCUACCGAGUGGACAAGAAAUCCUCGUACAAAUUAACUCUUUAUAUUACAUCAUUUUGACUGGAAUCUCUUCAGUGUCAAUUUGUUCUUCGGGGAGAACAGACCUUCGCUUUUUCAAAAUAAAAUUACAUAAAUUCGAUACUUUGCUGUGAAGGACGAGUAGUCUCGAAGUUUUAGAGCGUUGUUUUAGCUGCAUAGCGGACAGACGAACCUCAACCUCAGCAGAGACAAAUUGAGGAUUCUAUAGUAAAUUCAAAGAAACUUAGGUUUGUUUGAAAAGUUUAUUUUACCUCGAGACACUUUUCCUUUUUUUUUAAACACCAUGGCUUUACCACAUGUUAGUGGCAAUGUGAGCGAUGUGUGCCUCUCACCAGCAUCGUUUGAAGACGACUCCUGCUCAAGCGACGAAUCUUGCGAUGACAUGCCGGACUCACCCACAUCCGACGAUAGCCAACCUUCGAACUCAUCAUCGGGACUCAAUGGUUCACAGCCCGGCAGUGGCAGGACAAGAAGAAGGGUCGGAGGAAAAGGAUCCUCGGAGUUCACGGGUAAGAAACAACACCGGCCCUCCUCCGGGAACCACAAGGAGAAGGAACCACAUUUGGUCGCCCGGCGGAACGCACGUGAGAGACGGCGUGUACAACUCGUCAAUGACGGCUUCGUGAGGCUGAGGAGGAAAAUCCCAACGGAGCCGAGAAAUAAGAAACUAUCCAAAGUGAAGACGCUCCGAUCGGCCAUUAACUACAUCAUGCAUCUUCAAGAGACUCUUAAUGAGGCAGCGAAUCGACAGACUAGAAUGGAAGAGAUGGAGAAUGUUGGAAUGAAUGUUGCACUGGCUCACCAGGCACCGCCGCACUAUGAUUGGCCACAGUAUGAAGUACCAAUGUGCAAUGGCUACGAUUAUCCCACGGAAAACCAUCCAGGGUACUACUACUGAGAAAGGAAAGGAUGUGGAUCGGUUAACAUGGUAACCUGAGACUAAGGAUGAGGACUGAUGUUGAACUUAUUUCGGUUGUCGUGGAUGGAGUGAGAUCCUUUGCAGAAACAUUAAAGUGAGACAAUCAGGAGAAGGCUUGAAGUUAUCCCGCGAUGGACUUUCAAAUAUUGAACCGGUACAACACAAAGAAAGAGUCAACUUCUGGAUCAGAGAGCAAUCCUCCCGGACCAGUAACUAUGUCGAAUUUCAACUUGAGACGACGUCGCUGGCUUGAAGAACCAAUUAAUGUCCAGUAAUGUUCAAGUAGUUGCUAUUCAAACUUCCACCAGACUUUCUUUGGCGUCUGCACUACUCCAUGGAUGGAAAACUUCGGGGUCUGGAUUCGUGACGUGCUGAGAUCGUUGAGAUGACACACAAUAUAGACACAGAGAUUGUACACUAAUACCACUGGGGUUGUCCUUAACUUGAAACAGUGACUAGCCAGCAGGUCAAGUUACCUUGUUGUUGGCCAUUUUUCUUGUCAAAAGUUGAUUAAAGAAGAGACAGUGCAAUAUAAACAAAGUGUAAUAUUAAGAUUUGUUUUCUUCUUCAUUUGGGUUGUGUACAAAUCAUGCCUAUAGGAAGUCCAGGCUCUGGUGCUCAUUUAUAAAGAUGUGAUGUCACUAUGGUCAAUACCCUCGUCCAAUACUCAACUUUAUUUCAAUAAUAUAUAAACCACUUCAAAAUUAGGUUUUAUGUUGUGAAAGAAUCUGCCUUCUCGUCAAAAUCACAUUGUGGUCAACGUUUUACGGUUGAUCUCUUUGAAGACCGACUGAACCGCUCGAACCCAUUCUGGGUUGAUAUUCUGAACAAAACUUAUUCCGAUAGCGCCCUCUUUUGAAUCAUUCUCCUUCAGCCCCUUUUAAUUUCCCAUAUUAUGGGGACAGAAUCUUCGUUGGACAGCAUUCCAUUAUGACGUCCAGUUUACAAGUUAAAAAAAACCUAACACAUUACUUCUGAUGUACAUAAAUUUGUCAAAUAUUGGUGUUUAUCGUAUAAUUUUACUGGUUUUGCAUUUUUAAUCAUACGAAAUUAAGUUUGUUUUUUGCUUAACAUGAUAAUUGUUGUGCUCAAGUUGGAUCAGGAAAACUAUCCAGAUUGUCGGUGGGUAGUUUUGUCAUUGUCUUUAAUUUGUUUACGUGAUCAAGUUCUCUUUUCUUCAAAAUGUUCACUUUCUUAUUAAUAUUAGUUUUACGAUGUUUUUAAACAAUGGACAUGCCCCAGAUUUUAAAGGGAAAGUAUGCAUAAUGUUCAUUUAGAUGAUUUCAGUUGUUAAAGGCAGUGCACACUAUUGGUAAUUUCUCAAAAUAAUUAUUAGCA